AACUGCUGUAAUGGGCCAAGAUUGUAUGCAGCUGUAUCGGCACCUCACCCAUUUGGACCCAGCCCCCUUCUCAGUCUUGGGGAAAGGCUGUUUUUCCAGAUGGAUAGAUUAUGGGAGCAAAGGAGGCUUUCUAAUGCACCAUCUAAUUUAGAAGGUUUACUGGAGCUCCAACAGAACACCCUGAUUGAACUUGUCACUGCUGUCUGGGCUCAGACUGUAGUGCUGCAGGAAAACAAUGCAGUGCUGCAGGAAAACAAUGUAGUGCUGCAUGAUAUCCGAGCCUUGUGUCAAGCAGGGCUUGAUCAAAAUGCACCAUCAAACAGCGGCUCACAAACCUGUGUAGUCGUUUGUAGUCAA